GGACUACUUCACAAAAUGGGGGCAGCAUGGUGUCGUUGACAUAAAGCAUGAGAUGGGGAACCUGAUCUUGCUGAUCGCAAAUCGAUGCUUGCUUGGAAAACAGUUCCGAGAGAAUAUGUUUGAAGAAGUAUCCACACUCGCCCAUGAUAUUUUUGAUAAUGGCUUCCACUUGAUCAGCCUCUUCUUCCCAUAUCUCCCUAUCCCACCACACCAUCGUCGUGACAAAGCUCGUGCUAAGCUGGGAGAGAUGAUCCAUGAGGUCGUGAGAUCACGUAGGAGUUCAGGCCAGGCUGAGAAUGAUGUGCUACAGAAAUUUGUAGACUCCAAAUACAUCAAUGGCCGCUCCAUGACUGAGAAUGAGAUCGCGGGGCUGCUCAUUUGUAUGAUGUUUGCAGCACAACACACGAGCUCCGCCACCAGUACCUGGACAGGAGCUUGUCUGCUCAGUCAUGAAGAAAGCUACUUGGCUGCUGCUAUCGAAGAGCAGAAACGGAUCAUGGAACGUCAUGGGGAACAUAUAGACUACACCAUCUUGCAAGAGAUGGGAACCUUGCAUUGCUGCAUCAAAGAGGCACUGAGGUUGCACUCUCGAGCAAUUCUGCUGAUCCGCCAUGCAAGCAAGAGCUUCAGUGUGCAAACAAGAGAAGGCAAUAGAAUUGAUAUCCCUCAAGGACAUACCUUAGCAACCUGCACUACAGUUAGCAGCAAGCUACCAUACAUCUAUAAGGAUCCGGAUGUAUAUGAUCCAAGUAGGUUUGGUCCAGGGAGAGAGGAAGACAAAGUUGGUGGCAAGUUCUCUUAUACACCAUUUAGCGCUGGGAGGCACUUCUGCUUGGGAGAGGAUUUUGCUUACACGCAAAUUAAGGUGAUAUGGAGCCAUUUGCUGAGGAACUUUGAGCUCGAAUUGAUCUCCCCUUUCCCGAAGGAGGAAUGGGACAAAUUCAUUCCAGGGCCUAAAGGUAAAGUGAUGGUUAGUUACAAGAGACGAAGAAUCAUGUGAUUAGCAUCUAUUGAAGAACUUUGUGAGGAUGUGUUCUUAUGUGGUGGAUCAGGUAAACUGUUAAGUGUGUAAUUUGAGGAGAGAAUAAAUGUAUGUGCAGUUGGGAAUAUUGGUAAAAUAUGUAUUUCAAAAGAUAGUGUGUAGUUUGAAGGGAGAAUAAUGGGUAUGUACGUUUGGGACUAUAGGUAAAAUAUGUACUUCAAAAGAUUGUGUGUAAUUUGAAGGGAGAAUAAAGAGUGUACAU